UUCAGAAUCUGGAAUGAGAUGUAAACCUAGAGCUCCCGAACAAUUGAACUGCAGCUGUCACCAGGCGUUAAAUGGAUUAUGAAAGCAGGAGUGGCGAGAAUGUAUUGCUGUAACGAGCUGUGGGCAGGAUCUGGCGUGUGAAGCCAGCCCCCGUGGCAGCGUCCGGGCUGACUCAAAUUCCACUAUAAAGAGGCGGUGGCCUCGCCGAAUCUGUCAAAGGCUGGAAAUGGAAAGCGAGCAGGCAGAGAGGUUUACUGCUACUUUAGAGGACAAACUGCAGAGUCUGUUGACUAAGGCAAGCACGCUGCAGCCCGAGGAGAUGUUGAUCCGCCACAACGGGUUAUUGUACCCAGCGCUGCUGUGCCCCGAGGACAACCUGCGGCAGUUUGCCAAGUUCGAUGCUCGCCCUGAGGAUAUGUGCAUUGCUUCCUAUCCCAAAUGCGGGUUUAAUUGGGUAAAUCAAUUAUUUCGUGACAUUGCCGCGGCCGUGAGAAAGGACGAUGGGCAACGUAAAAUCAUACUGUUGGAAUUUGCAGGCGCCGAUACUCACGAGAUAAUAAACAGUUAUCCAUCACCAAGGGUUUAUGGAACGCAUUGUCAUUAUGAAAAUUUACCAGCAUCUGUGAUUGAGAAGAAAACAAAGGUGCUGGUGGUGUUUCGCAACCCAAAGGAUAACGCAGUUUCGUAUUAUCACUUCUGUCAGAAACACCCGCUACUGCCCAACUCUGCAUCCUGGGAUGAGUUCUUCAAGGAGUACAUGGCUGGAGAAGUUGCUUGGGGAUCUUACUUUGAUUCUGCACUCAUCUGGGAAAAACACAUUGAUGAUGAACAUGUGAUGAUUAUUACGUAUGAAGAGCUGAAAGAGAACCUGAUAGGGGGAGUGCAGAAGAUAGCAGAGUUCUAUGGCUUCUCACUGAGUGUUGAACAGAUUGAAAACAUUGCUCGUAAGGGCACCUUCCAGGCGAUGAGUGACAACUGCCAGGAAACCCAUUCAAUAUUUGGCAACUUCUUUUUCCGAAAAGGUGUGGUGGGUGAUUGGAGAAAUCUUUUCACAGAAGAACAAAGUCGAGAGAUGGAUGCCAAGUUUGAAGAAUGUUUAGCAGGCACAAAACUGGGAGCAAAACUGAAAUAUGACCUGUACUGUAAGACAUAAAAAAAUAUCGCAGCAAGUAUUGUAAUAAACAAGGACUUGUUUUAAAAAAAAGGAACAAUUCAUUUGAACUGUGCUUAGAAUGCACAGGCUUGAAGCCCAAAUCAUUAAAAUAUGGAAAGAUCCAUUAUAUCCACCAGGAAAAGACAGCUUGAUGUUACGGAUUCAGAGCCAAGUUGCCUGUGACUUUUCAAUUCCGUGACUAUAAUGUUAAGCAUAUUCACCCCUCGGCUCUAUCACCAUCCCUACCCCCAACAUUAGCAGCUAAAGCAAUCAUCCAGACCCCUUUGUUCCUCCUUGACAGAAACAAAUCCAAUCAGAAAUCUCUUGCAAUUCAUCAUAAAGGUGAAUGCUGCCUGAAGUGCAAUACUGCGAUAUCGCGGCCUCCCAGACUCUCUGCAGCUGUGGCAUCAAAAUGGCAUGCCCUGGACAAGGACAAUUAUAGGUCAUUGCAGUGAGAUUCAGUCAUCUACAUCCACAAAAGCAAAGCAGUUGUCAUUAGCUUCGAUGCCUGGUGGAGAUUAUCUGGGUGCUCCCUUGGGACUUUGUUGAUCAGCGGGAUUGAAGAAGGGAAUAACAUUCUUUGAAAUAUAGUUGCAUUUUAAAUUAUUUUUUAAAUCCAAAGCAGCUGGGAAUACAUAAGUGCAUUACAAGUGGCCUUUUUUUUAUUAGCUUUCUGAAAAAUAAUAAUAUAAAAAUCCACAAACAGAACGACUGUCAUGGGCAUUAUUGUAUAUUUCCUCCUGAUAUUGAAAGUUGCACUAGCAAUAAUGUGGGGGUGUGUGACUUUGAAAACUGUAAUUUCCGAACAAUAGCUGGAGGGUUAAAAUUGCAGAGUUAAACCAGCAAGCCUGCAGAAUUUUAUCUUCUGUCUUCUUUCAAAUUGAUUUUAUUCUUUAGCAGUUUCAACACAGUUUUCUCUUUAGAAACUGCUUAGAAUGAUGAAAAGUCUAAGAUGAAGAAAAUAAAAUUAAUUAUUUAGAA